AUGAACCUGGGGCCGCCAAAACACCCAUAUUCCCUCGCCAGGAGUAGCUUUGACUGGAGCAGCGUCGCGUACCGCUACCCACCCGCAGCGCAGCUUUUAUCACCGCCCAAGCCAGGGUUAUGGCAAAGAAAGCUGCCGGGGAUCCAGCACCGGUUCAAGCCUGAGUCCCCAAAGGACAGACAGCUACGGGAAGCGCGAAGAAAGGCCGUGCGGAACCUCACGCUCAAAUGCUGGAACAGCUACCGCAAAUACGCCUGGAAGCGCGACGCCCUGCUGCCCAUCUCGGGCGACGGCCGUGACCAGUUCUCCGGGUGGGCCGCCACGCUGGUUGAUUCCCUGGACACGCUGUGGAUCAUGGGACUGCGGGACGAAUUCGACGAGGCCGUGGCCGCCGUGGCCGAGAUCGACUUUGGGUCGUCAACCUCGCCGCAGGUCAACAUCUUUGAAACCACCAUCCGCUACCUGGGUGGACUCUUAGCCGCGUAUGACCUGAGCGGGAGGGAAGUGCUGCUGCAGAAGGCGGUCGAGCUGGGGGAUCUCAUCUACGGCGGGUUUAACACCCCGAACAGGAUGCCCGUGGACAAUAUUGAUUUUGAGGUCGCAAAGAACGGCUCGGGCCUGGUUGUGGAGGAUACAGUGGUGUCAGCGUCCCCCGGCAGCCUGACGCUUGAGUUGGCGCAUCUCUCUCAGGUGACUGGCGACCCAAAGUACUACGACGCCAUCGCGCCUGUUACGGAACUGUUUUGGCGCUGGCAAAAACGGACCGCGUUGCCGGGUAUGUUCCCCAUGUGGGUGUCCAUGGCGCGAGAGGACGUGACGACAGGCAGCUCGUUUACGCUGGGCGGGUGUGCCGAUUCGCUGUACGAAUACUUCCCCAAGAUGCACGCCCUGCUGGCGGGGGCGGAGCCGAAAUAUGCGCAGCUGACGAGGGGGUUUAUGGAGGCCGCCAAGCGGCACCCGUUCUUCCGGCCUAUGGUCCCUAGCAAUGAUGAUAUUUUGGUCAGUGGGAACGUCAAUGUCGAUGAGGAACUCGAACCGCAUUUGGAUCCGGAACUGGAGCAUCUAACCUGUUUUAUUGGCGGUACAUUUGCCCUCGCCGGCCGGCUGCUUGGCAGCAAGGAGGAUGUUGAGGUGGGCGCCCGGCUCGCGCGCGGGUGCGUGUACGCGUACCGGUCGUUUCCGACGGGCAUGAUGCCGGAGCGCCUGAACAUGGUGCCCUGUCAGGACACGGAGCAUUGCAUAUGGGACGAGCAAGUGUGGGAUCGGGAGAAGGUCAAGCGGCCCGAGUACAAGCCACAUCUCCCCAAGGGCUUCACCACGGCCAAGGAUCCGAGGUAUAUCCUCCGCCCGGAGGCCAUCGAGAGCGUGUUUUACUUGUGGCGCAUCACGGGUCACCCGGAGUGGCAGGAUGCGGCUUGGGAUAUGUUCCAGGCUGUCGCCAACGGCACGGCUACGGAACUGGCUGCCGCUGCGGUCAAGGAUGUUACUGUGGUAAAGCCGAAGCUGCCGCAGGAGGACUACAUGGAGAGCUUCUGGAUCGCCGAGACGCUCAAGUACUUUUACCUCGUCUUCUCACCUCCGAGCCUAAUCAGCCUUGACCAAUAUGUGCUUAACACCGAGGCACAUCCAUUUUUACGUCCGGACAUGAGGCGAUAG